GAACAAAAAACCAACAGUACUUGUGCCCUUUGCUGUCGCGUCCGAUAUCCUCUCUACCUCGAAGCUCCUCCUCUCCAUAAUUAUAUUCCCCUCCCCCGCUACCCACUUCCUCCGAGAAGUUGAAGAGUAACACAACUACUCUACUCGGCACCACUUGAAGAGUGUGUGUUUGUGUGUGUGUGAGAGAGAGAGAGAGAGAGAGAGCUCGAUAAAUUUGAGGGAUCUUAAUUGGAGGAGGAGGAUCUGAGUAGAGGUAGUAGAGAUGGGGAGAGGGAGAGUUGAGCUGAAGAGGAUCGAGAACAAAAUCAACCGGCAAGUGACGUUCUCGAAGCGCCGCAACGGGCUCCUCAAGAAGGCCUACGAGCUCUCCGUCCUCUGCGACGCCGAGGUCGCCCUCAUCAUCUUCUCCAGCCGCGGCAAGCUCUACGAGUUCGGAAGCGUUGGCACAAGCAAGACAUUAGAACGAUAUCAACGCUGCUGUUACAAUUCUCAGGAUUCAAGUGCUGGUGAUCGUGAGACUCAGAGCUGGUACCAGGAAAUGUCCAAGUUGAAGGCAAAAUUUGAGUCUCUGCAGCGCUCUCAGAGGCAUUUGCUCGGGGAGGAUCUUGGACCGCUGAGUGUGAAAGAAUUGCAGCAACUGGAGCGACAGCUUGAGUCUGCUCUUUCACAAGCCAGACAGAGAAAGACUCAAAUAAUGAUGGAUCAGAUGGAAGAACUUCGCAAAAAAGAACGUCAACUGGGAGAAAUAAAUAAGCAGCUUAGAAACAAGCUUGAGGCCGAAGGCGGCGCCUUUAGGGCCAUUCAAGGAUCAUGGGCUUCUGAUGCUAUUGUGAGUGGAAAUGCAUUCAAUAUGCAGCACGCCCAGUCGAGCAACAUGGAAUGCGAACCCACUCUGCAAAUAGGGUAUCACCAAUUUGUUCCUCCUGAGGCAACCAUUCCAAGAACCGCCGGUGGGGAGAACAAUUUCAUGCUUGGUUGGGUUCUGUGAACCAUUCUGGAACCUACCAGAAGCCCAUAUUAUCGGUAAUGUUUGUACUGAAAUUAUUAUUAUUAUUAUCAUUAAUGUUAUUAUUAUUAUGUUCUGCUAUUGAUCGUGCCUCUGAGAACUUAUGCUGUUUAAUCCGUUUUGCGGACCAAGUGUUGCUGCUUUCUAGUGUGUGUUAUCCUUUUGAACAAUGUAAAUUCUGUAUGGUAAUACUAUUAGCUUCUUGUGGGAACAA